AUGACCACUGGACUGCCCGCGGGCUGGGAGGUUCGCCACUCCAACAGCAAGAACCUGCCGUACUACUUCAACCCCGGCAGCAAGGAGUCGCGAUGGGAGCCGCCGCAGGACACCGACAGCGAGGCGCUGAAGCACUACAUGGGCCAGUAUCACACUGCCAACCUGCGCUCUGAUCUCGACGUCCAGCAGAAACUCGAGGGCAAGAUCCGAUGUGCUCAUCUCCUGGUCAAGCAUGCUGGCUCUCGGCGGCCUUCGUCAUGGCGAGAAGCUGAGAUCACUCGCUCCAAGGACGGCGCCAUGAACAUCAUCCGCAACUACGAGAGCAAGAUCAAGAGCGGCGAAACCAGUCUUGGAGACCUUGCCGUGACCGAGAGUGACUGCAGUUCUGCCAGAAAGCGAGGUGAUCUUGGAUUCUUCGGCAAGGGAGACAUGCAGACCGAGUUCGAGCAGGCAUCUUUCGGACUGAAGCCGGGUGAGGUAUCGCCAAUCGUCGAAACUCAGUCCGGACUUCACAUCAUUGAGAGGCUCGAGUAG